AUGGACAAAGAAAUGUAUGACUUUAUGUCACUUGUAACGCCGUACACUCCGAUCAUUGAACGUGGCGUGGCAUUACAUAAGAUGAUUCGCCUUCUAACAAUGGCGCUUGGAGGGGAGGCUUGGCUAAACUUCAUUGGAAAUGAAUUCGGUCAUCCAGAAUGGUUGGAUUUCCCACGUAUCGGCAACAAUGAGUCAUUCCAUUAUGCUAGGAGACAAUUUAAUUUAGCUGAUGAUGAACUUCUGAGAUAUAAGUGGUUGAAUAAAUGGGAUGAAGAGAUGAACAGGCUUGAAGAGGCUUCAGGUUUCCUGCAUGCGGACCCCGCAUACGUCUCGUGCAAGCACCAUGAUGACAAAAUGAUUUGCUUUGAACGAGCUGGUGUGCUGUUCGUAUUCAACUUCCAUACAACGAAAAGCUUCACCGACUAUAAAGUUGGCGUGGAAAUGCCUGGAAUCUACAAAAUGGUGUUGAACAGUGAUGAGGAGCGAUUCGGUGGUCACAAUCGUCUGCAGCUCGGCUUCCGUGCACCACACCUUCCCCGAAGGCUACAAUGGUCGCCGAAAUCACCUUUUGGUCUAUGCUCCAGCACGGACCUGCCUUGUUCUGAGACUCUGAGCUAA